GAGAUCACUGGACGAAUGCAGAAAUUUGGAAUUAAAAAAGCGAUAGAGGCGACAAAGAACAGUCCGGGAAAGAUGGCGGCGCUCGUGAAGGCCGUGCAGGCCAGCUCGAGCAUGAGCGGCAUAACAAAAUUGUUCACGAAUCUGUCUUUGACCCCAAGUAUUAUCUCAUCUCCUAAACACGCGUUUCUUCGUAGGACGCCAACUUUGCACUGUGCAUUCAUACACCUUACGUCAGAACGUCGAGACUUGAUGGAAUUCUUUGAUGACCCAAAAAAUUGGGGAAAGAACGAGGUGCGGGUUGGUCGAUCCUGGAAAAAGGAUGAAUUAAGAUUGAAGAGCAAUUCAGAUCUACACAAAUUAUGGUUCGUGUUAUUGAAGGAACGUAAUAUGCUGAUGACUAUGGAAGAGGCAUGCAAGGAAGCGAAUGAGAUUUUCCCAAAUCCUGAACGCUUGGACAAAGUUCAAGACAGUAUGAAUAAUUUGGAAACGAUUGUCCGUGAAAGAAAUAGAGCAUAUCAUUUGCUUGAGACUGGUGAGACAGGAGAGCGCCCAGGAAAGCUGGUCUAUAAUUGCUUAGGUUUAAGAUUUUACUAUCGAAUGCGUCAAUAUAGUAUUCCAAAGUUCAUGAACACAAAAUGGUAUAAAACGCAUAUGUUUGGCUACGGCGGAUAUGCUACUCAAAAGUUCUUACGCUUAUACAGGGAGCAACUUUGGAAUAAGAAACGCAAAGCGAGAGUACGUGAUAAAAAUCGUGUUGCAAUGUUAAUAAAAAGAUUCCCAAAUCUGGAUCUCGAAGCUGUGAAAGAACAGUUUCCGAAUGUCGAUAUAGAAGCGGCAAAAACAUCCAAGAGAGCAAGAGGUCAUAUUGUAUCUACAUAGAUACAGUUUCUGUUAAUAGCAAAUUGUUGAACAUCUAUCACAAUUAUAAAUGUAAGAUACUUAAUCGCUAAUACAGUACAUAAAUUUAAUAAGUUUCUAGUAUUUUUUUUUUUUUUUUUAUUGUAUCUUUAUAUUCAGAUUUACAUAUAAAAUUUACUUGAAAUUAUUUUAAAUAUUGAGAGAUAUUGCUUAAUUACAUAAGCAAUUUGUACUAUAGAUCGUAUAGAUAUAAAAAAAUAUUAGCUAACAAAACUAUUAGAGAACUGUAUAACUAAAUGAAAAAAUUAUAUUAUUAAAAACUUUCAAAUCUCUUAAAUAAUGCAUGAAAUGAAUACGAUAGAGUUAGAAAUAUGGUACAAAGUAAUAGAUUAAGGAUAUCUUUGCUAUUAUUGUUAUUGAUAUCUAUAUAAAUUAUGAAUUCGAUAAAAUGUUUCAUCCUCUCGUUGCUUUUCAAAAUAUUUAAAUUACAUUUCCAAGCAAUGUAAAAAGAUGGACGAAAUAAAAAUUAUUAAAUCUAA